AUGCAAGGCAUUCCCACUUAUACCGAACUAGAAUGGGUGCAGAUACUGGCUUCCCAAGGCGCACAUCCCUUCUUCUCACCUAUCGCCAAAAUUACAGGCGACGACGCCAUGGCGCAGUAUAAUCUCACUCACAACCGUUGCGAGGAAGCUGGCUUCGAUUUCAUUGGUACUUUUGUCGUCGGCAUGCGCGAAAUGCACCACAUCGUAUGCUUGGUAUUCAACCGAGAAGAUGAAGAUUCAUGCCGCCGCGCGUACCAGCUCAUCUGUACACUGAUAGAUGAACCUGCUCAGAGAGGAUGGGGCGAGUAUCGUACGCAUCUUGCUCUGAUGGAUCAGAUCGCACAGACGUACAGCUUCAAUAACAAUGCUUAAAUGCAU